AUGGAUUUUGUGGAGAAUCCACAGAUUCCUUCGUAUAAAAUCAUUAUGCUUGGUAAUUCGACUGUCGGCAAAACAAGUAUUCUUACUCAGCUCGAUACAAAUACAUUCGAUCCUGAGCCAAAAGCAACAAUUGGUGGCUCUUUUAUAGAAAAAACAAUUGUUGGACAACAAGGGCCCGUUAAAUUACAAUUAUGGGAUACAGCAGGUCAAGAGCAAUUCCGUUGCUUAGUUCCGAUUUAUUCUCGCGGUGCUGCAGCUGCUGUUAUAGUACUUGAUGUUUCAAGCCCCAAGUCAUUUGAGUCAUUCGAUGAAUGGUAUGAGCUCGUCAAUCGCGAUAAAAACCAGGAAUGCGAGAUUUUCGUCGCAGCAAAUAAAAAUGACUUAGAAUGCGUUGUUGAUAUGGAAGAAGUUCAGAAAUGGGCUGAAAAACAUAAUGCACGUGUUUUCUCAACAAGUGCAAAAGAUAGAAAAUCAAUCGACACUUUGUUUGAUGCAAUCGCGAGUACGAAGUUCAGAGAUCACGAAUUUACUACGGACUUCAAGGGUCCACAAGAUCUUAACAGAAAAUCAAAAGGAUGCUGUUAA